AUGAUGCCCAAAAUCGCCAGCCUCCUCGUCUCAGCAAUCGCGGCAUCGGCUGCUUGCCUCUCACACGCGGAGCUGCCUACAAUUGUCUUCACUCCAGGCGCCUGGCACGGACCUCAAGCUUUCGAUAUCGUCCGCGCCGGUCUUAUGAUUAAAGGCUACGACUCCGAGGCAGUAACUCUUCCUUCCGUCGGCGCUGAACCUCCGACCGUAGGUGUGGAGGACGAUGCUGCGGCAGUCCGGUCCACUCUCCAAGCCCUGGCCAACGAGGGUAAGCAGAUUGUUCUAGUCGCACACUCCUACGGCGGUCUGGCUAGUAGCAACGCAAUCCCAGGUCUAGGAUGGCAGCAGCGUGCUGCCAACAACCAGACAGGCGGAGUCAUCAUGAUGGUGUACCUAUGCGCCUUUGCGCUGCCUGAUGCUACUAGUCUUUUGGAUUUGCUCGGCGGAGAGUUCCCGCCCUAUAUGAGAGUCGAUGUAAGUGAUGCGCUACAGAGCCAAAACAAGGAAGAAGAUUAA